AUGGUGCAAGGAACUGACCUGAUGACCUUUCAGUAUAUGGAGAAGAGGCUUGAAGAAUAUAGGGCUCGCAGGAGAAAUGAGCAAGCCUUAUCAAAUGUUAGUAGUACAUCAAAACAGACAGUUCCCGUCAUGACGUCGGCAGGGUCGUCAACGACAGUGGGCCAAGACCGUCUGGUGAACGACGUGCCAUCAGAUACAGAAUCAUUGAUAUCUAAUGCCAGUGCAUCUGUAAUAGAAGAACCACCCAAAUCAUUAUCACAAACUGAUAUAGCUAUUUAUGUGGUGUCUGCAAUAUUCUGGUUAACUGUUUAUGCCAUCGCUAUACAUUUUGAAUUCGGUGCAGUGUAUUUUGUAGUUUCAUUAUUGUUUUUCAUAUGGAAAAAUACAAGGACAGGUCCUAAGAAGAAAAAUGAAAUAAGUGCUUAUUCAGUUUUCAAUCCAAAUUGUGAAGCUAUUGAUGGAACAUUGAAAGCAGAACAAUUUGAAAGAGAAAUUCGCUAUGGGCCUGCAAGUGUACAUUAGUUUUGUUUAGAAUGAGAAAUAGGAAUUUAUGAUAAUUUAUUUAUAAUUUUGUGUUGUGACUGCAUUUGGUCUGUGUGCCGCACAAAAAGAGGGAAAAAGAAAUUUCAAUGAAGCAUAGUAUUUUGUACAUAUUGUUUUUAAAACAAUGAGAACCCAUCUGAAACUUUUAUUCAGUAUUUGUGCUGGUAGCAUAAAUGCAACAAUGAUUUCCAGAAUAUGUAACCUAUCUUUUUGUGGUUGUGAAAUUAUAAAAAAAAAAACAAUAGUGAAUUAAAUGGUUCUCUUUUGCAUUCUUGUUUUUCUGGUCCACCUUCAUGAAAUGCAUUUUUUUUUUAAGAUUAAGGUAAAUUUUAUUUGAUGUAAUUGCUUUUUUAAACAUUAGCAAAGCACAUAAAUGUGUACUAACCUCUGAACUACCCUAUUAAUGUAUUCACAUAUAAUGCCAAUAUCUUUUCCUUAUCCUUCUUCACAUUCUGUUUUGGCCUUCCUUACCAUGAAGAGAUUCAACUGUGUGCAAUGUUACUUCAACUGUAAAGUGUGUGCGCUGGUAAAUCUCGUUCACUAGACUUGUCUUUUGCUCUCAUUGCUGGAAAAUUCAACAAAACAUCACACCACACUUAUGUUUCUAUCAACAACUGAUUGUGUCUGCAGAGUUAUUUUGAAAAUGCUACAAUUGAUACAAGAAAUCAGUUUUUAAUACUUUCUGAAAUACUGUAAUUCUAUGAAUAUAAUUCAUCCCAAACCUGGUUAUACAAGUGAAAUCUUGAAGUGGAACUACUUUAUAUAUAUAUUUAUAUCAUAUAUUAUGUUAAGUUAAAUCAUAUAUUACGUUUCAUCAACGUCACUAAAGUUUUCUGUUCAUUCACAAUGAAUUCUAAAACCAAAUAAAUUUGAAAAUAGCUUAGAAUGCUUUGAAUAGCUUUGAAAAUAGAAUUCAUACAUUUAUAUAUUGAGGGUAAAUUUAAGCUAUUUUCAAAACAGUUUUGGUUUUAGAAUUCAUUGUGAAUGAACAGAAAACUUUAGUGACGUUGAUGAAACGUAAUAUAUGAUUUAACUUUAUAUGUUAAUGACACUGACACAAUGUAAUAAUGUGUUAAGUAUGAAAAUGAAGCUGUAUUGUCAGAAGAAGAUUGUUAGCAAUUUCUCAGAAUCAUUUCACGUGAAGCCUCAGUUUAUGAUUGGUUUUUGCAGAUAAUAUUAGUGUGGAAUUAUAUUUCGCAAUGUAUUCAUAAGAAAUAAGUUUUUGAUGUUUCUAUUAGGAACCUAAAUACUGGUUGCCAUGGAAUAAAGAAAAAACAUUUUAAUAUUGUUUAUUCUAUUUAUGAACUGGAAAUUCAUUAUAAUAGGGUGGGGAAUAAAAUUUACUGCACACACAGUAACAUAAGUGAAAAAUGUGCAUUUGCUGAAGGGUUAAUGAUACACGACUGCUGUAGGCCUACAUGAGAGUAACAAGGCCUCAAACAAGUAACAUAUGUUAAUUGUUUUGAAAUUUAGUAUUUAAAUCAUGGAUUAUUUGUUUAUAGUCUUUUCGAAAUUGAAGAAUGAACAUGGAGUAAUGCAAAAAGGUUUAAAUAAUUAGAAUGUCAUUACCGACUUCAAAAGAUAAGUUUUUGGUUUCUUUUGUGAAUUGCUUUGAAUGACUAUAA